GAUGUGGAUCUGUUCUGCUGCCAGACUUCAUCAAUAAUAAGAAAACAAAAUGUCAGCGGCUAGAGGUCAGGUGGAGCAACCGAUGGAAGUAGGUAAGUACGAACAGCCAUGCGAGCAAGUUUUCGUCGGGAAACCAUAGAGGCGCAAGUGCCUCGGCCCCUCAAUGGUGAUGGUGAUGGUGAUGGCCCUCCUCCCCCUGCGGCAGCUCAUCUUCCUCCUCUGCUUCUUCUCCGCUCUGCCACGCCGCUGCCGCUUCCUCCCCGCCGAGGCGGCUCCGACGCUGGUCGCCAGCCUUCCAGGCUUCGAUGGCCCCCUCCCCUUCCGGCUUGAAACUGGGUACGUGACCGUGGACGAGCAGAACGGCUCGGAGCUGUUCUACUACUUCAUCGAGUCGGAGGGCGACCCGCGGCGUGACCCGGUCAUCGUCUGGAUCACCGGCGGCGACCGCUGCAGCGUCCUCAGCGCGCUGCUCUUCGAGAUAGGCCCGUUGAAAUUAAUCGGAGAGCCCUACAAUGGCACCAUACCGCGGCUGCGGUACCACCCCUACGCAUGGACCAAAGUUGCCAGCGUCCUGUUCGUGGACUCGCCGGUGGGCGCCGGGUUCUCCUUCUCCCUGGACCCCAGAGGCUAUGAUGUUGGAGAAAUCUCUUCUUCUCUACAGCUCAAGAAGUUUCUCACCAAGUGGUUCACCGAGCAUCCUGAUUACCUUCCCAAUUCUUUCUACGUCGGAGGAGACUCAUCCGGUGGAAAGAUCGUUCCAUUUCUCGCACAGAAGAUCUCAGAAGAUAUUGAAGUUGGAGCGAAGCCGUUAAUUAAUCUUAAGGGCUAUCUGGUUGGCAACCCGGCUACUGGUGAAAACAACAUCGAUUAUGGAUCGAGGGUGCCAUAUCUUCAUGGAAUGGGCAUAAUUUCAUAUCAGUUGUAUGAGACGAUAAUGGAGCACUGCCAAGGGGAGGAAUAUAGCAACCCCAAGAAUGCGCUCUGCGCUCAAGCUUUGGACAGGUCCAACCAACUGUGGAAUGAAAUUUCACAUCCACACAUUUUGUAUAAGAAGUGUGUCUAUGCGUCUUCCAGACCAAACGACGGGAGUACAGAAAGAAAGAUCCUAAAGGAGGAAGUAGGAGUACUUAAGCAUCCACCUCCUCGUCCUCCAAUGGGUUGCCAAACCUAUGGCAAUUACCUAUCAUAUUAUUGGGCUAACAACAACAUCACUAGGAAAGCCCUUGGGAUCAAGAAGGGGAGCAAGGACGAAUGGAUGAGGUGCCACAAACGAGAUUUACCUUAUUCUUUAGACAUCAAGAGCACAAUAAAGUACCAUCGUAACAUGACCUUAAAAGGUUAUCGUGCACUGGUAUAUAGUGGAGACCAUGAUGCUAUUAUACCAUUUCUCGGUACACAGUCUUGGGUGCGAUCACUCAAUUUCCCCAUUGUGGAUGAGUGGAGGGCUUGGCAUCUAGAUGGACAGUCCGCAGGAUUCACCAUAGCAUACACAAACAACUUGACGUUUGCUACGGUAAAGAACGGUGGACACACUGCACCAGAGUUCGAACCAGAGAGAUGCCUCGCUAUGUUCGCGCGUUGGGUUUCCCAUGAGCCGCUCUGAUUAAUGUGUCUGAUUGCCACAUGCCUGUAACCUGAUGUUUGGAUAAAAGGAAUCGUGCCAGGAUGUGAAUUCUUCUACAGUAUUUCAGUUUUUAGAUAUAUUGCAUAUAUGAACUACUCGUGGCAACAGCCAAACGCAAGGAAGAUUGUUAGUACUAUGCUA